ACCUACCUAGGUAGGUAUUUACACGCCUUAUGUAUUUACUAUUAUUAUUAACUUCUGCCUGUAGCAAGUCCUAUAGCCUUGGAUAGAAAUCGCUUCCGUUUUCUGGAACUCGGUAUGUUGCCUGCCGUGAUGAUUCAACGCCAUUCAUAAUCCUAGUUAUUCGCACCGGCUGCUCGUGUUACACAAGCCUUUGUGAGACACUUGGUACUGAGACAUAAGCAGCCACUUUAAUAAUUUUUCAUUAUAGGUGCCCUCCUAACAGGCAUUUGAUUCAUCGUCCAACUGCCUGGGUUGUUCAAUCAGUUAUAUAGGUAGGAUACCGUUGUUCUACGGUGUCGCUUUCUCUUUUCUCAGUUCCGCGAAUUUUAUCCAUCAUGCAUAACAACGAAACCCUCAUUUAUAAACGAUUCACUGCAUACUUCCCCGUGCCUGGUGAACACCUUGCCACUGGGUCUCGUCUAUUUGACUUAGAAGCCGACCCGCCUCCCGGUGGUAUCAUUAUCAUGAACAGAUAUCUAUCACUUGAUCCUUAUCAACGCGGCCAAAUCCGAUUGCCAACCGACAUGGGGACCUACUCCAUGCCUUGGGUGGAAGGGGAACCUGCCGUACUCACUACUCUUUCGACCGUACUUAAAUCAGACAACCCGCGCUUCAAAUCUGGUGACGUUGUUAUAGCUAUGGCUAAUGCGGCAAAGUAUGCUGCCGUAACAGCAGACUUAACGGAAAUGGCCCGUGUCCUACCACCACCACAGCCAGGGAUGGAAAUCGCCCCAUCGAAGUUAAUCAGUACGCUUGGUGUGCCGGGUCUGUCAGCUUACGUCAGUUUCUUUGAAUUUAUACAUGAACCCCGAAGAGGAAAAACCAUCUGGAUCUCCGCAGCCAGCGGCGGUGUAGGUCAAAUAAUAGGCCAGCUCGCUAAGAUGAACGGUAUGAAGGUAAUCGGGAGUACCGGAAGUGCCGAAAAGGUUGGUUUCUUAAUUAAAGAGCUUGGAUUCGACGCCGCGUGGAAUUAUAAAACGGAAACGACUGCAGCCGCAUUGCAAAGGCUAGCGCCCGAAGCAUUGGAUAUAUACUAUGACAAUGUCGGAGGCGAGCAGUUCGAGACCGCACUAGUAGCUAUGAAGGACUACGGUACCAUCGUAUCAAGCGGUAUGGUUUCGCAAUGCAAUCGUCCCGUAGAGGAAAAAUACGGCAUUAGAACAGGCAUGAAUAUCUUUUUGAAACGCCUUACGAUCUAUGGCUUCGUCUGCUCCGACCCACAUAACAUGGAGAAGUAUUUGGCUUCAUUCGGUACCGACAUGAUUUCUUGGAUUUGCCAAGGGAAAAUCAAGACUAAAGAGGAAGUGGUUGUAGGAAUUUCAAACGCACCAGAAGCAUUCGUUCGCAUGUUGCGAGGGGAAAAGUUCGGGAAGAUGGUAUUAAAAGUCGACGAUGAUUGAAUUUCAUCACUUACUCCUACCUGCCAGCCUGCCUAGGCAGUGAGGCAGUACUGCACGAUCUCAAUUGUAAAGCGGGGGCGGGGGCGGGUCUUGGACCCUAUGAUGAUAGGCUGCGAGCGAGCUUUCCCUGCUGCUUGUGCAACAAUGUGUUCGACGAGCACCUAAUACAUUCAGCGAGCCUUUUUUUCUUCACUGUUAAUUCUAAGGCCUUAACUAGUAAAAUACCAAUCCAUCCUUGCAUAUUUGUACUACCAAAUUAAUUUCAUAGCCUGCAGCAU